CAACUUCAAUCUUAGAACCCAGUAGAAAGAAGGGCAGAGAAACUUCGACUCAAUGGAGUCAGGGGGCUGUGCAUGUACAAGACGAUGAACUCGCUAGGCAGGCCUCGUGCUUGGAGGCUGUUUUCAAGCUCGAGCAUGCCGUGCGCUGACCAGGGACAUGUUCUGUUCCAAGAGAUGAGGCCAGAUCGCUUUGCCACUACGUCCAACAUAGCAGGUCGUCCGAACAUGCCCGAGGCUAACUCGCGGUUGAAAGAGCUGGUGAAACUCCGUCAGCUGAGCCAUGCUCGCAGGAUGUUCGACAAUAUGCCUCACCGGGACGAGAUCUCGUGGACCACGAUGAUUUCCGGAUAUGUCGCUGCCAUGAACGCCCGCGAGGCUCUGGGCUUGUUCUUGAAUGUGUGGGUUGCGCCGGGACUCAAGAUGGACCCUUUCAUUCUCAGUCUCGCGCUCAAGGCCUGUGGACUCGACGUGAAUCUGAACCUUGGCGAGUCAUUACAUGGGUAUGCUGUGAAAACUGGACUGGUGAACUCUGUUUUUGUGGGCAGUACCCUUUUGGACAUGUAUACUAAAACGGGCAGGACCGAGCUAGGUUGUUGGGUCUUCGAUGAGAUGCCACUGAGAAAUGUCGUUUCUUGGACCGCCAUCAUCACCGGACUAGUUCAUAGUGGUCGUUGUAGGGAGGGGUUGUCGUACUUCUCCAAAAUGUGGAGAUCAAAGGUGCAAUUUGAUACAUAUUCAUUUGCCAUUGCGCUGAAGGCAUGUGCUGAUUUGGGUGCUUUAGACCAUGGGAGGGAGAUACACACUCACACAGUUAAGAACGGAUUUGUUGAAACCUCAUUUGUUGCCAAUACCCUUGUGACAAUGUAUAACAAAUGUGGAAAGUUGGAUUAUGGAUUGAGAUUGUUUGAAAGGAUGCCAAAGCGAGAUGUGGUUUCUUGGACCUCAAUAAUUUCUACAUACAUUCAGAUGGGCCAGGAGGAAUCUGCCAUCAGAGCUUUUCUAAAGAUGCGAGAAUCAGAUGCUAGUCCUAAUGCAUACACAUUUGCUGCAGUUAUAUCCGGUUGUGCCAAUCUUACCAGAAUUGACUGGGGCGAACAAUUGCAUGCCCAUGUUCUAUGCAUAGGUCUUUCCAGUUCUCUGUCAGUGGCAAACUCCGUUAUGACUAUGUACUCUAAGUGUGGACAGUUGACUUUGGCUUCAAUUGUUUUUAAUGAAAUGACAACAAGGGAUGUGGUUUCAUGGAGCACAUUGAUUGCAGGGUAUUCAAAUGGAGUAUGUGGUGAGGAAACUUUUGAGCUUCUCUCUCUAAUGAGAAGAGAAGGACCAAAGCCAACUGAGUUUGCUCUUGCUAGCAUCCUCAGUGUGUGUGGAAAUAUGGCUAUCCUUGAUUCUGGAAAACAACUUCAUGCUCACGUCCUGCUGAUUGGUUUAGAACAUACGCCUAUGAUACAGAGUGCUCUAAUUAACAUGUAUGGCAAAUGCGGGUGUGUGAAAGAAGCAUCACAAAUCUUUGAUGUGGCAACAAGCACUGAUAUCAUUUCUUGGACAGCAAUGAUAAAUGAAUAUGCUGAACAUGGAUAUAGCCAUGAAGCGAUUGAUUUAUUUGAGAAGCUGCCUGCAGUGGGCUUGAGACCGGACCCUAUCACCUACAUUGGUGUUCUUACAGCCUGUAGCCAUGCCGGGCUGGUUGAUCUCGCAUUUCGUUAUUUCGAUACAAUGAGUGUGAAGCACCAGAUCAUUCCUACAAAGGAACACUAUGGCUGCAUGAUUGAUCUCCUUUGUCGUGCUGGUCGCCUAAAUGAGGCAGAGAACAUUAUUAAAAACAUGCCAUUCAAACGGGAUGAUGUUGUUUGGUCAACUUUGUUGAGAGCGUGCAGAGUCCACGGUGAUGUUGACCGUGGAAGGCUUGCUGCUGAGCAAAUUCUUGAGUUAGAUCCGCAUUGUGCUGGAACUCACAUUAUGCUGGCUAACAUAUAUUCUGCCCAAGGGAGAUGGAGGGAAGCGGCAGAUAUAAGGAAGAUGAUGAAGUCUAAGGGAGUGAUAAAGGAGCCUGGAUGGUCUUGGAUCAAGGUGAAAGAACGUGUGUCUACAUUUGUUGCUGGUGACCGGACUCCUCUAGAGCAUGAAGAAAUAUACAACACAUUGGAUUUCCUGAGGCUGGACGAAAUUGAUGUCAAUGAUGUGGAUAUAUUUCUGGAUGAUGUUGGCGAUUGAAGAAGCAAUGCUUCAUCUUUCAUUACAGUUGAGGUCAGCUCCAUUUAUUUUGACUGGCUAGAUCUUGUGAAGACACAGAUAUGUGGGGAAACCAUUGCUGGUCAUGAGCAACGAUGACAACGGUGUGGAAUUUGCUAGUUGUCCUUUUUGAAAGAAUCAUUUUGGAGACUAUCUCAAAGUUCGAAGCGGAAGAGGUCAUCAAAUCAUCCACUACACAAAAGUCUCCAAAGCAUACUGCAGGGUUUUCGGUUUUCGGGGAGGGGAUUGCUUUCUCAAAGGCGAGCUGCUACAGUGUGAGAAGAUGACAUUUUUCCCCGUUGUUGCGUACUAAUUAUGCUGGAGAUUUUUCACAUAGUAUUCCAGUAUCCUCAUUGGUCAUUGGACGGUAAGAGUUUUUGCACUUUGGCGAUACAUAGGUUACUUAAUGCUGAGACAGUGAUAAUUGUUCAAGGAUACCUCUCUGUAAACUAAUGUUUGGAAGUUUGAAGCAGUAUGAUGGUCUUUCAGACUUAAGGGCUUAUAGGAAUUUUUUCUCCCUUCAACUGGGUUGAUUGUACUAUACGGAAUUGACAUAGGAUCAGGUUUUCUGAGGAACUUCAUGACCAUGAGUGAUUAAGACACUAUUUUUUAUGUGUCUUUUUUUUCCCCAAUUGAGUUUUGAAGAAUGACUUUAUUAAGGUUUGCUGUAGAAGUUAUGGACAUUCUGAAAUUUAAAGGGAGGCACUUUUCUUUCUUGUUGAUAUUCGAAUAUUCUAAUCAUAAAAAGGCUGAAAAGUAAUGAUUUUUCUUUACUUAAUUUUCCAGAAUGUAUCUGUUUCUGCACUAUUUUCCAGAGAUCUGUUUCUGCAUUAUUUGCUAUACAAUUUGACGGGAAAAAAAAAGUUCACAAAAGCUUUGCUGGAACUUGAUGGUCUUGGAUUAUGGUGAAGGACUGUGUGUCCACAUUUGUGGCUGGUGACAGGUCUCAUUUAUGGAGUGAAAAGCUAUGCGGUGUUCUGAAUUUUUUUGGGAGAAACUAGUCUUGAGGAUGCAGCUUCCCUCAUGUAUGAUGUUGAGGUCUGAAACAGAGCAUCCUUUCACUGUUCCCUUUUAAUGGUUUUUUCAUCAAUCUUGUUGGUUACCAAAGCUGGCAACAGAAAAGGCGUGACGGGAAAGAGCUGAUGUUGCGCUGUACUGGUCUCAAGCAACAAGUAUGUGGAGGAUGAAUUUGUGUGGUUGCCUUGUUCCUGGAAGAAUGGAUGAUUUCCUGAUUGAUAUUGCUUAAACCACAUAGGUCCAGUCAAAAUAGAUAUGAGAAGAAGGUGCAUUGUGCAUGGUUGUCUUCUUCCACAAAGAUGAACGACAUACAAUGGAUGACGUUGUUUAAACUUGCAUGGUUCCAAUCAAAUUGCAGCUCGAAAAAUCCGCUGGUUACUCCAGGGAGACAGUUUCCCAUCUAUCUGUCCCCAUACUGGCUAAAUAGACUUGGUGUCAAAUUCUCCAUACAUAUGCUUUCAGUUUGUAGCGGUAGAAAUAUGGAUAAAUUCACCUUGAUCUCUUAUAACGAACUUUAAAAUCUAUAACCAUCGUCAAGCUCAACUGCAUUAGCUGAUUUAAAUACAAUCAUUCCUUUCUCAUCUCUGCUUUACAAUUCUUCAGCAUUUAGUUUUGACAGGUCUUCGGAAGGAGUUUUAACAAUGAAGCAUUUUGCAUUGCCUCUCCUCUUAGCUAUUUUCAUACGUCAAGCUUGUUUACUUGUCCGGGUAGGAGCAGGGGUUUUGUAGGAACCAGAGAAAUUAAUUUUAGGCUGAACGGAACCGCUGUUUAUGCCAGUGGCUUCAAUACCUAUUGGAUGAUGUUCACAGCUUCUGACCUUUCAGGCAUAUAAAGAUUCACCUGUAUUUGAUAAGCUUCAAGCCAUGGCCUUGUUGUUGCAAGAACAUGGGCUUUCACUGAUGGUGGUUGCAGACCUUUACAGCACUCUUCCAGUUCCUAGUGGACAGAUGUUUUCAGGGUAAGGAUGCAUACGUCGACAUCUCCCCACUUCCCAAGAACCUAUGCACCGGGGCGUGCCAAGUAGUCUUGUGAUGACAGAGUUUCGCUUUGUUGCUGUUUGCUGAUUAUUCACUCUGGAAACACUGUCUCGAUGCACACAUUCAAGAUGCCCGGCACAUCCUCAGGAAGCUAUCAGUCCUGUGUCCUGACCAAGUUCAUUCAAUCGUGGAGGGACCCUGGUUUCAGCACUCACCCGAGAGAUCAGCUCAUCAACACAGUACACUACCAAGCUUUGGCUACAAGAGGCAGAGCAGCCGCAGGAAGGUCACUCUGGCAACUUUAAUCGAAAGCCUUUUCUCUACCCGAGCCAGUUGUGAAAUCAUCCUGAGCCAGAGCCCAUCAACCGCAAGUUUCAUUAUAUAUCAGUCUAAAAGUUCUAUCAGAUCUGUAAGAUUUGAGCGAAGAUGAGCAACAUUGAGGACUUGAGGAGAGCACAAGCUGCACAUAGAAGGGGAAGGCGCGUUGGGAGCUGAAAAUGCUGGGUUUACGUCAAAAUUUACAGGGUUUCAUGUAAAUAUGACGAGUUUAAGAAAGUAUGUAUCUUGAGAAGAGGUGAUCCCUUUCUCUGAUUAGCUGUUUUCAACCCCGAGGAUAUCUAAAAAUAGUAUAAAUGGAUGAUUUUUCAU